AUGUCAACAGUGAGCAGUGACCCCAACGCAUAUGAGGCGAUAGACCAAUCCUUUGCCUUCGCCGCAACGCUGAAUCUCAACGGACAGUAUGUGAGGUCAAUUGCGGAAGGGCUCACGAUAAUCAAAACCCUGUCGCCCCGGGAUAUUUACCCGGCCGCGUUGAUGAUCCAGGAUCAUGCCCACGGCGUCAUGGGGGACGCUGUAAGGUCGUUACAAGAGGUACAUGACUUUGUUGAACAUGGAGAGUUCUGGAGGAUGCAUGAAAAAAGCCUGGAAUCAUUCCGAGACUCAUGGCAGGUCACACGGGAUGCGAUAAAAGUCCAGGAAGGGCUCGAUCGGUUUAAGGCGAAUGUACGGAAGCGAGCGAUCCUCCAGUGGGGCGAGCAGCGGGCCAACACUCUUCUGAUACGCAUAGGAAGCUACGCCAUGCUCCGAAAGGUCAGUAAGACUAUCAGUGAGGGGCUAUCGUACCCUGAGCUCCAAGCUGCUAUCAACAACGCGAUUGUGUACCGGAAGUCUAGACGUGGCCGUGGCAUUCGCCAGUAUGCUCGAAUCAUGCAAAUUGAUCUCGACGUAGCGCUAGCGCAGCGGAAUUUCGAACCUCUCAAUCCUGAAACCCUAUACACGCUCGCGCUUGGGGUAGAUAUGGAUGGAUUUAUCUGCUCAAUUCGACCAGGUUGCCAAAUACGGGCUACGGGCAUAAUACCACCAGUACCGCUAGUACAACCUACGGGGGCCGCGAACGCUAUAGACCCCCCGGGGUCCCUAGAGAAGAGACCCCGCGACGAGACGCCAUUAUCAAUAUUAUUACCGUUGUCAUCUUUACCAUUAACCCCCUCUGUUCUAUCUGAUGACGAGCAGGACGACGAGCAGGACGACGAGGAGCAAGACGACGAGGAACAGGACGACCAGGACGAUGACGAUAAGGAGCAGGACGACCAGGAGCAGGACGACCAGGAGCAGGACGACCAGGAGCAGGACGACCAGGAGCAGGACGACCAGGAGCAGGACGACCAGGACGAUAACGACGACGACGAGCAGGACGACGAGGAGCCUCUUCCUCGCCCUCAAAAGCGAUUACGCCUAACUCCUAAGAACCCACUUGCCAGCUGUGGCUGUGCUCUUACAAAUGCCGCAAUUCGGCGUCUUCUAAGGGGGACCGAGCUCCCCACCGAUACCCUCAAGAAGCAGCUACUCCGACAGGUUGCAAAAGCAAUGGCGACCCGGAGUGCUGCAUAUACCUCUCCAUCACUAUCUCUCUGCAAUCUCCAUACCCACGGGCUAUGUAAACGCUUAGGCCUUUACUGUCGUAACCCGUACGAAGAAUUACUCCGGCGGUUGCGUGAGCUAUAUGCAAAUCUUGGGGAAUGGGAUCAGAUGAAAGGUCGGUAUAAGGGUUGGUUUAAAAACGUGACAAGUAAUCUAGAAUCGGGAUGGCGGUUCCCGGUUGCGGGUUCGGGUAUGCCGAGGGUUGCGAACCCGGUGCUGAUACAAUCGCUAACGUUCGCUCGACUGUAUAAGCGCUGCUGCGGCCGAGACGCCGACCCUGCGGUUUGGGACCUCGGGCAGCAGCUAGAUCGAGACGGAAGUAUUGUGCUACCAGGGCUGUUUGAAUGGCUGGGGGAGGAUUUCGACGGGAAUCACCCGGGUGGCCUACGGCAUCUGAUCAUGGAGGAAUUCAACAUGUACGACUGGCAUUACCUGGCCCGCCCGUCCAAACCUCGUAUUGGCUGGGCUAGGAAUAUGUGGUUUAGCUUAGUACAGCAGAUGGUUCGACAGGACCCCGCAUACUAUGCGUUCUACGUCCGAUGCCGUCCGGAUCAUGCGUGGAAGCUGGUAUCAUUCCCCUACUAUGCCAAACGGACAUACCCCGGAGAACGUACCUUCUUUCGCCAUAUUGACGUCAAUAUCAUCGACUUUGUCCGUAGUGGGCGGGGGGUCAAUGCGCUCCAAGGGAGUCUCGCUCUCUCCGACGAGGAUAGCGGCAACUGCACCGAGUUACUCCUAGGGAUGUAUCGCGAGAUCGCUACGUGGCAUAGGCGGCUGGUCGACAGAGGGUAUGCCAAGGAUGGGUAUGUGCAGCGGAUUGACGCCGACAUGUGGACCGAGGAUGAUGAGGCCCACUUUGGCUAUGGAUGGACUAAGCAGGUCUGCCGGUUUGGGGAUGUCCGGCUAAGUUUACCUGGCCUACCUCACGGGUCUACCGGCCCGGCGACUGCCCACCGUGUUAAUAUCCUGCCCUGGUUCGUUGCGAUCGGCGAUGAUCACCAAACCUUGGACACCGCGGAGUCGGGUACCUGGGAUGACCUCUCGCGCUGCCAUCGGGAUUUCGACUCGGGUACCAAGACACCGUCCGGUCUGCCGAACAGCACGUACGGUGGUCGGGUGGAUCAUGUAUUUCCCGCGACCGUGCGGCUGGGACGCCUGGGGGCGAUUUCAGAUGCCCUGGUGGGCCAGACGCGAUGGGAUCCAGUAGAUGUACGGAGGGAGCUGGAUGUUUUAUUCGGGGACGACGAUGAUAUGGCUUGGGGCUAUGUGCAGUCCUGGAGACGUAACGCCCAGCAGCUCUACUGUGAUGCGUUUGAAAACCUCGUGUUAGCUAAGAAGGAUGCCUUUGGGGAGAAUUCCUACUUCUACCGGAGGGAACGAAAUCUGUCUACGAUCCCGGAGUUCGUUCGUGAUAGUAUCGAAGAUGCUAGGUCCCAGCGUCCCCUAGGUACCCCGGAACCCCCUAAUGCUGAAGUAGGUGGCCUUACUGCGGGUACCGAAUAUAUAGAAGCUGAUAAACCGACGGAUAUUAGUAUUGGUAUUAGGCAGGAUGAAAGCUUAGACAUUUAG